CACCAGCUAUUAAGAUUAAGGGUAAAAACGAUGACGGAAGAAAAUCUCGUUUUUUUUUUUCUUUUUGGGUAUGACAACAAAAACCUUAAUUAUUGCACCAUAAAUAAACCUUAUCACACGCAAUACCUUUUUAUCUUUUUAUCUCAUUUUGCUACCACUCAUGUCUCAACAAGAUAUUCAAACAGUUCGUACUUCUCACGGAAAAGAAGUCAAAGUUCAUACUCACCUCUUCAUCAACAACGAGUUUGUUCCCGGUCACGGACCCUUAAUUGAGACCAUCAACCCUGCCACCGAAGAAGUUAUCUGUGCUGUCCAUUCUGCCGAUGAGUCUGAUGUCGAUGCCGCUGUCCGAGCUGCCAAACUCUGUUACCGCUCCACCUAUCGCAAGCUUGCCCCCGCUGAAAAGGGUCGUCUUCUCAACAAGUUAGCCGACUUGAUGGAACGUGACAAAGACGAGAUUGCCACUUUGGACGCCUUGGAUAACGGUAAGGCCUUCACUAUUGCGCGUGAUGUCGAUGUCACGGAUUCCAUCAGUUGUUUCCGUUACUAUGCAGGUUGGGCUGAUAAAAUCCAUGGUAAGACCAUUGAUACCACCUUUGAUAAGAUGUGUUAUACGCGUCAUGAACCUUUGGGUGUGGUCGGUGCUGUCAUUCCUUGGAACUAUCCUACCAUGAUGGCCGUCUGGAAGUUCGCUCCUGCUUUGGCUGCUGGUAACACAAUUGUGAUGAAGACUUCGGAACUUACUCCUUUACCCUUGUACAAGUUUGCUGAGCUCGUCAAGGAAGCUGGUUUCCCUGCUGGUGCUGUGAAUAUCAUUACUGGUUAUGGUCAUACUACGGGUGCUUUCCUUACGGGACAUCAUGACAUUAGCAAGAUGGCUUUCACCGGAUCCACAUUAACCGCACGUAAAAUCAUGGAAUCCAGUGCCCAAAGCAACAUCAAGAAACUUCAACUUGAGUUGGGAGGUAAAUCCGCACAAAUUGUGUGUGCUGAUGCAGAUCUUGCUAGUGCAGCUGUCUGGGCUUCGGGCGGUAUCUUUAACAACCACGGCCAAAGUUGUAACGCCGGUUCUCGUAUUCUUGUACAGGAAGACGUCUUUGAUCAGUUUAUGGCCUUGUUUAUUGCUGAAGCCAAGAAAAUUGUGAUUGGUGAUCCUUUCGCCGAAGAUACCUUCCAAGGACCUCAAAUCAGUAAAGGUCAAUUUGAAAAGAUUUUGAAUUAUAUCAAGAUUGGACAAGAGGAAGGCGCUGUUUUGGCUUAUGGCGGUAAGCGUUGGGGAGACAAGGGUUAUUAUAUUGAACCUACCGUCUUCACACAUUGUAAGAAUAAUUUCCGUAUCAUGCAAGAGGAAAUCUUUGGUCCUGUGGUGGCUAUCAGUACUUUCAAGACAGUGGAGGAGGCAAUUGAGAUGGCCAAUGAUUCCAUCUAUGGUUUGGCUGGUGGUGUCUAUACCAAGGAUUUGGAUACCGCUGUCACUGUCUCCAAUGAACUUCAAGCAGGUACCGUCUGGGUCAACUGUUUCGAUGUCUUUGAUCAAUCUACUCCCUUUGGUGGCUAUAAGCAAUCUGGUUUCGGUAAGGAGCUUGGUAAAUAUGCUCUUCAUGAAUACACUCAAGUAAAGGUUGUUAAGAUCCAAAGACAAGGCUUAUAAAAUAAAUAAAAUUGCGUUUUUUUUUCUGUGAAA